GGGAGGGUUACUUACCUGACGGGGAGAUGCGGUUCUCCUCUACCUCCGUUGUUAGGAGAGAGAGCCUGGGAACGAGGUUGCGGUUUUCCCUCUAAGAUGAGGAUACAAAGGUAAACUAUUCAUUCUUUUCGUCCCUUUAUUUACCCUCUCCCUACUCAGAAAGAUUGUGUGCUCCCUGUGAUCAGAGGCCAAAGAAAACUAAAGUGUCUGUCUCGUCAAAGAAAAUUUCGGAUGUUACGCUUGACUCCCCGCGUUCCCGGCCCAGGCUUACCCGCCUUAACAUUUGGCGCCAGGUGUGAACAUUGCCACUUCCGGCUUCUUUGCAACUGUGUUUCGCAGAAGUCGCGGACAGAACUUUUUAUAAUAACAAGCAUGGGAUUGGACCCAUUUAGUGGCCAUAUGGCCGGACUGGUUGUAGAUUCUUUCCUUCAGUAUCCAGUGGCCUGUUCUUUGGUGUGUUGUAUCGGGCUUUUCAUUUUCUACCCAGUUUUCUAUGAGAAAACAGACGCAACGAAAGGCUUGCGGUGGGUGAUUUCUUGUAUUGUCGUGUUCGUUCUUCUGUCAGUGGUGUCAAUGUUUCUGAAGCCGACCCUCUCAUUAACCGCUCCUCGUAUCAUUUUUCGACCAACACCUUCUUGCUCAACAUACGACCGACCACCGCGCUACAUCUGCUUUACUCUGAGUGGCAAUGAUCAUCAUCAAGUGUUCUACACCACAACGUGGCGAAAAUGUCAGAAUUCCGAUACAAAUAUGAAGAAUGCCAGCAAAUUCUACGUCAUCUCCUCCUGGAUACCCUCGUUCGACCACUUUAUUACAAGAAGGCCUGUGAAAUUUGAACCCGAAAGCUCUCCUGGUGAGACCAAGAUGUCUUAUGUGUUGCCUGAAAAUUAUUGUGUGCGUGCUGCAGGUCCCCUGGGGGAGGACAGACUAAAAGUUGCAUUUUACAGCAUAAACGGAACCCAACAUCAUCUGCUCGAUUCUGGUUACAUCAACAAAACUGACCUCGAGGAGUUUCAUUCUGGUUGGUACCUUGUGUCCAACUGCAAGUCUUACGUGUCAAACUGGCUUUUCAACUGUACAAGGGGAUACGUAAGUUCCAAUUAUGUGCGAUUGCAGCAGUAUACCAGGCUUCUCCUUCUUGAACAAAGAGGUCAGCUCCCUCAAUAAGGAGAUUUGGUCUAGCAUGACACAAAACGAUGGUAGUGGUAGUUGUAGCAGUUGUAGGAGAAGUGUAGUAGUUUACACUACCGAUAGUACAGGGGCAGUAACAGCAGCAUGCACGCACGAUGCAGUGGUCGUCUUUAUCAUUUGUGGUGGUUAUUCAUGGCUUUAUGACAAUCCUGGGAACUCUUCUGCAUGUGUUUGAUCAUGAGACGAAAUUAUUUUGCGGGAAUGGUGUUUCAAAUGCUGCCUCCAGCUGUCCUGAUUCAGGUUCCAAAACUGCUACUGGCAGUGUGACACUCAAAUAGGUUCUGCACAUACAGAUCAAAGUUUUUCCACAAACAAUGGCCCAAAAUCUUUCAAAUUACAUUGAAUCAACGAUAAACUUGUUCUCUGGUGUACUCUGCAGCCCAGUUUAUCAAAAGUACAAUGGAAUAUAUUUUUUGUAGCUGUUCUAAAUUUGCACAGUUUGUUUUUGUCAAUUAUCAUGCAGACUUCUUUUGAUUUGCAUUAGAUGUACAGUAUUCAUGUCCACCUAAUGGCAGCUCGAAGGAAAUUGUUUUUUGACCCAUGAAGGAAUUUCACAUUUUUUCCCCGCGUGAAAAUAGGAAAAUUGCAAUAAAAUACUAAAUUUCUCUGUGAGACCACAUAAUGGCUUUAUGUGCAGAUGCUGUUGGAGAAAGGAUAUUCUGUAUUGGUCUUUUGCAACUCUGCCCAACACAGCAUAUAUUUUCUCCUAACUAGCCAUCAUUAUAUAAAGUUUGCUAUCUCAGAAUGGAAUGUAGUUAGUACUAUGAGAAGUAUGAAGUGUAAGAAACCAGGUAAAAAUAUCUCUCACUGCUUUGUACCAGACAAGAAGUGUUCUGCUCAAUUUACCACAGAUUCUACAAAGAUUUUCAACAAUUCAUGAAGAAAGAUAGCAGAAAGUUUCCAAGUCCUGUUUGAGGGUCUUAGUUUUCAAGUUUCAGGGUCUUAAUUAUAAUAGUAGGACUUUUAGGGUUCAUAGUUUUCAAGACACCCCCUGAUGGGACCCCUUUACACACUUUCGCUGUGAUAAAGAUUAAUCUUAUAAACAUGCUGUUUUACUCCUUGUAUUUGGAUGCCCUUGACAUCUUGUUUAAGGUUGACAGUUACUGGGUGACUCUCCACAAAACUUUGCAUUGGGCAGAUUAAGAAACAAAAUUAAGUAUCCCUUACCCAAAAGGACAAACCAAAAGUAUACUUUAAGUAGAUGACAAGAAUAUGGCAUCAGUAUUAAGUAUAAUUUAAGUAUACCUGAAUAAUACUGCAUGCAAUGAAGUAUAAUUUCAGUACAGUUUGGAAAGUAUACUUACAGUAUACUGCAUAAGUGAAAGUAAUAUUUACCAAGAUGAAGUAGGUUUUAAACAUAGUUGAAAUGUACUGCACAAAUUAAGUAGAAAUUAUUCUGAUGCCUGACAAAGUAGGGAAUAAGUAUAGUGGAAAUAUACUCCCUGAAAAGACAGUAACUAACACUGUUAUUUUAAUUUAACAUGACAAAAAAAAUAUUUAUAUUUUUUUUUGAAGAAAAGGUGGCAUGAGGGAAAGCAGGGCUUCAAAUAACAGCCGGUCAACGGCCAAUGUCCAGUCAAAAAUAGGUUUUGUCCAGUCAAAUCCUUAGAUGGCCGGAUAAUUUGUCCAGUCGUUUUACGCUGGUAAGGAAAAAAUUUAGAGUUCCAAGUUUUAAAUAUUUAAAGGUUCAAUAUUAUUGGCAUUUGUGAAAAAGGAGGGAAAAAAGGCGGAUGCUUAACUACCAGACCAAAACUUUUUAUACAUGAUUCAUAAUAGUCGUUAUUGUUUAUUUAUGGUCUGUGUGGGUUUUGUAAACAUGACGUGAGAAGGAUAACAAAACCUCUCAGUGUUGGUACAAGGGUGUGAAAAUAACAUUAACAAGAAAGCAAGUUUACAUUCAUUUGUCUACUUGUCAACAUUUCCGUGUGAAUCACUUAAGCUAUAAAUACCACGAUUAACUAAACACUCUAUAUUCCAGGCUUUUCCUGCAAUGAGAUUGAUGCUCAUGUACAAUAAGUGCUAUGAAAUUUUACUUGUUUCAUACUUAAACAUCAUGUGAAGGGUGGAGGGGGCACUUUUAUAGCGAUAAGACGUAAUCAGUGUUUGUCCAGCCAAAAAUGGGAUAUGUGCGAGCAAGAAUAGGUUUGACCGGACAAUUUGACCGUCACCAGCCGGGAAAUUAUUUGAAGCCCUGGAAAGAUGUUUUUAAAUUGCAUUUAAGGUCAUAAGUGCAGUUCACCGUAUGGAUAUGUCAGUGUGAUUCAAUUUUAUCCUUGGUUAAAAUUUUCUUCUCUUUUGUUUCAAACACAUUAUAAAACAUUACCAUACCCCAAAACAAAGCAAAAGUAAAAUUUGAAGUGAGAAUAAAAUGAAACAACACCAUAUACAAA